CCUUCACCUGGAGGUACACGGGUGCGAGCUUCUGGUGCCACAUGGAGGACCUGUACGUGUUCAUGACCAGGUCGGGAUUGAGAAUUCCUACCCUUUGUCCCCAAGACAAGGGCGACGUGGCCGGCGUCUCGCCUUGGGACUGGCGGGGCAGAGGUGGGAGAAGAAAGUCAGUGUCAGCGGAUGGAGGAUGUUUGGAUGUGAAGGCAUCGCCGCUCGAGGCCGUAGUUCUGCGGAGGGGUGGCUUCUGUGGGAGUUUCACAGGCCUGGGCGACUGAAGAGGAUGAAGGCAGAGGAGCUGGCUUUCUCUGUUUCUAACACUCAACCAUGGAAAGGCCAAACUGCGCUCGGACCCCCACUCUUCUCAGCAGACCGCUGCUUGGGAACACUGCCUAUUUCUGCUUAACUCCACACAUUAUUGCUUAAGAAAUGGAAGAGGAUACAGAUUUUGGAAUCAGGUUUAGUUCUUUGUGUUUCAUCAAUGAACACGUUGGAUUUCAGGGUACUAUAAAAAGCUCACCAGGUGACUUUAUUGUUAUUGAGAUUGAUGAACAAGGACAGUUAGUUGAUAAAGCCAUUGAUGAACCAAUUAAUGCAAUUAGUAAAAUACCUGAGGUAAAAGAUUUUUCCAAAAAGCCAAAAUUAGAUUUUCAAAAGUUGUCCUUUGAAGGUGGAAGUUACCAAGAACUUAAUACUUUGUCUAAGUGCUCUGAUGGUGACCAAAAUCAUCAGCCCGAUUCAGAAAAAGAAGAUACCAUCAGUGACAGAACUUCCAAGUGUGAAGAAGAAAAAGCUGAUGUAUUAAGCUUUGUUUUAGAUGAAAAAACAAAUGAGUUACUGAAUCAGUUUGCCUGUGAUAUAAAAGAGAGGUGGAAUUCAGAAACUGAGCUAAUUGGGCCAUCUCCUGAAUUCUCAUUAGGCAGGAUCCUUGACAAAAACCAAAGGGCUAUUUUACACAGUGCUAUUAGGCAGAAAUUCCCUUUCUUAAUAACUAUAGGAAAAAACAGUGAAAUUAUUAUAAAACCAAAUCUUGAGUAUAAAGAACUUUGUCAUUUGGUAUCCGAAGAAGAAGCACGUGACUUUUUUAAAUAUUUGGAUGCAAAGAAAGAGAAUUCCAAAUUUACCUUUAAACCUGAUAUAAACAAGGACCACAGAAAAGCUGUCCAUCAUUUUGUCAAUAAGAAGUUUGGAAACCUUGUGGAAACCAAAUCUUUUCCUGAACAGAAUUAUGGUGCUGGUGAUUCAAACAUAGUGAUAACAGUAAGAUUUCGGGAAAAAAUAAAGCACAGGAAAAGAUCUCUUCUUGAAUGCCAGGAAAGAGAAGUUAUAUAUACAGCUUUUACCUUACGAAAGGAAAAUCUGGAGAUGUUUGAAGCAGUUGGUUUUUUAGCUAUCAAACUUGGUGUGAUUCCUUCGGAUUUUAGUUAUGCAGGCCUUAAAGACAAGAAAGCCAUCACCUAUCAAGCAAUGGUUGUUAGAAAAGUGACUCCAGAGAGGUUGAAAAAUAUUGAAAAAGAAAUUGAAAAGAAAAGAAUGAAUGUGUUUAAUAUUCGAUCUGUAGGCAAGUCCCUUAGACUUGGACAACUCAAAGGAAAUCACUUUGAUAUUAUCAUCAGAAAUUUACAAAAUCAAAUAAAUGAUUCUGCAAAUUUGAAAGAGAGAAUUUUCGAGGCAGUUGAAAAUGUUAAGGAUAAAGGUUUUGUGAAUUACUAUGGGCCACAGAGAUUUGGGAAGGGAAGGAAAGUUCAUACAGACCAAAUUGGAUUGGCUUUGCUGAAGAAUGAAGUGGUGAAGGCCAUAAAAUUAUUUUUUACACCAGAAGACUUGGAUGAUCCUGUAAACAGAGCAAAGAAAUAUUUUCUUCAAACUGAGGAUGCUAAAGGCACACUUUCAUUGAUGCCUGAAUUCAAAGUUCGAGAGAGAGCAUUGCUGGAGUCAUUACAUCGCUUUGGCAUGACAGAGGAGGGUUGUAUCCAGGCGUGGUUCUCUUUUCCCCAUUCCAUGCGCAUAUUCUAUGUUCAUGCAUACAGCAGCAAAAUUUGGAAUGAGGCAGCAUCUUAUCGACUUGAAACCUAUGGAUCAAGAGUAGUGGAGGGUGAUUUGGUCUGUUUGGAUGAAGAUGUUGAUGAGCAUUUCCCAAGUAGUAAAGUUCAUCUGGUAACAGAAGAAGAAGCGUCAGCUAAUACAUAUGCAAUACACCAGGUGGUUCUUCCAGUACUUGGAUACAAUAUUCAGUACCCAAGGAACCAAGUAGGACAGUGGUACCAUGAAAUACUUAACAGAGAUGGACUACAAACAUGUAGGUUUAAAGUACCUCCUCUGAAACUGAAUGUACCAGGAUGCUAUAGACAGAUUUUGAAACAUGCCCAUAAUCUUUCAUACCAACUAAUGGGAGAUCAUGAUGUCCGAAUGGAAGGUUCCCAUAUUGAUGAAUCAACUUUAUCUCUUUUGAUCUCUUUCGAUCUCGAUGCUUCAUGUUAUGCAACAGUUUGUCUGAGGGAAAUAAUGAAGUACGACAUUUAAAACUAAUAACCCUUGAUAUAAUCAUGUAUGUGUCACUCUUUGAAGGAAAGGGAGCUAAAAUUUCUUGACUGUCUAUCAUGUGCUAGGAGCUUCGUAAUUGUCUGCUUUGAUUUUCCCAGCAGAUUGAGAAGUUGGAAUUUGAUGCUUUAAAGUUCCAGGGGAUGUAUGGCAAUUAAGUGUCAGGGUCUGAAUUUAAGAUCUAUGUGACAGCCUGUGUUCUUUCUAUUUACCAUGUUUCAGUGAACUUUAUUCUGUGUCAUAAAAGUUCCAAUUUUUUUAUCUAAACCUAGGUUGCAAUGAAAUCCUUUAUGUUUGGAGAGAAACAGAUGAAGCACUUUAUUAAUUAAUAAUGUCAUCCUGGGUUGGGAUUGUGGCUCAGUGGUAGAGCGCUUGCCUAGCCCAUGUGAGGUUCUGGUUCGGUCCUCAGCACUGAAUAAAAUAGAAGUAUUGUCUCCAUCUACAACUAAAAAUAUUUAAAAAAAAAUAAUGUCAUCCUUUCCUGUUUUUGAAAUUAUUACCCAUAACUACAUAUGAGGAAAAUAUUAUCUCUCUUUAUGAUAGCUAUCCCAGGCUAGGUUAUUACUCCUUUAGGAAAUAAUCUUUGACAUAACUUGAAAUAAACAUUUUCAUAUAAUUUUUAUAUCUCAGUGUAUAUUGACCCCUGACUUUUUGGGUUAUUAUCUAAAACACAGUCUUUAGAAUCAGAGCUCUGCUCAGAUCCAGCUAUGACAAUUUACCAAUGACUUUGAAUAUGCUGUUGAUUCUUUUUGAGAAUCAAGACAAUAUCAUUUUUAUAAGUGAUAAAUAAGACAAUUAUUCCUACUUUUUCUGUUGCUAGAAGAAGAAAACAUUUUGCCCAUUUGAAAAACUUAAUGUUUGUUGGUUUCACUGUCCCACUUAAUGAUUUUAUAUCAGUUAAAUUGUGUUUGAGGGGGAGAGGGGUGACUGAUACAUAUUAAUUGAAAAGAGAAACUCUGAGCAUCCUUUCAUUACAUUGUAUCAUGAUGAAGUCUAAGAAGCAGUGUGGAUCAUUAUAUAUCAAUAACAAGACACUUUUAUCUACUUGUCAGUGUAACCAUUUAGGGAGAGUUAGCAUAAGAAAAUAAAAUUCAAAAGAAGGAAAAAAAACUAUGCAAUGCAAAUUUUGCUUGUUGCAGCAUUUUUACAGUAAAAGAAAUUAGAAAGAAUUUCAAAGACCGCAUUAAAUAACCAAUGUAAGUUAAAUGAAAUAUACCAAGUUAAUGGCAAACAUGUAGUUAUUAAAAAUGGUGGGCUGGAGCUGGGGUUCAGUGGCAGAGCAUUUGCCUACCAGGUGUGAGGCACUGGGUUCUAUCCUUAGCACCGAAUAUAAAAAUAAGCAAAUAAAAUAAAGGCAUACUGUCCACCUACAACUUCAAAACAAAAAUUUUAAAAAAUGAUGAUGAAGGAUUUAGUAACAUUAGAAAAUGUUGCCCCCUAAAAACAGAACGUGGGUGUUACAAAUGCAGUAAGGUACUGAAUUCAGUUUUACAAAUGAAAGGCAUGUUGACAUGGUGAUUAAAAGCACAAAUUUUGGAGACAAACUCCCCCAGUUUGAACCCUGGUUCUGCUAAUUAUAGCUUUGGGCAAGUUACUUAAGCUUCUGAGCUUUAGUUUCAACAUUUAUAAUAGGUAUGUUAAUAUAGACAUUACUGCAUAGGAUUUAUGUGAGGAUUUUUGAGUAUUAACUAAUACAUUAAUAUGUAAAGUAGCUUUAAGAAAUGCCUAGCAUUUAAGUUAUUAUUAAAAAAUGUCUUCAGGUGCAAGCUUGGAAGAGAAAAAAGAAAAGAAAAUGUUCUUUUAAGAUGAUGGAGUGUUUGAUUUCUUUUAAAUACUAAAAAGUUACUGUUUUGGCAUUAUAUAAUUUGGCAAUAAAUCUCAAAACCAAAAAAAUUGAGUAUUACAGUACCAUUGGUUUUUUUAAAAAUUUCCUGCAGAGUUUGAAUGUUUAUUGAGGAUGAAGUGAUGAGCUUCAGGUAGUAAAAUUUUUUUAUUAGAAAAAGUGUUUUAACUUUAUUUCAUAAGAUAUAUCCUGUAAAUGUAAUUAGAAAAUGAGUUAUAUAAAUUACUAAAAUCCUACUUUUCUUGUAAAUGUUGAGUAACUAUUAGAAAAUAUGAAAGGAAUAAAAUUUGCCAUCUUACUUUGCCUCUAGAUGGCACUGUAAUUUUAGAUAUUUUAUUUAUUUAUUUAUUUAGUAAAUACUUCAGCCAUACAUGAAGGAAGAAAGGAUCUCUUAGUUUAUUUCAAGCCACUAUAAAAUAUGUUCAGAUAUUAUUCAUGUGGGAAGUCAUUUUAUAUGCCAGUAAUAUUUGCCUUGAUAAUUUUCUUUCUUUCAGUUUUGGGACUGUAUUAUUGUACUUUGGACCAACUGAUGACCAGUCACAGUCAUCCAGGUUUUUAAACUUUCUCUAGGGUAUUUCAGAUCUUCAUAAGCAUGGCCUUUGGUUUAGUUUUAAUUUUAAAGGUUGUAUUUGAAACUGAAUGAUAGUUCUUGCAGAUUAGUACAGGGGAACAAUUUUGAGUUCUUUUUAUCAAGAUAAAAACACCUGUCAGUUUAAUAAACUAAAGGUUACAUGUAACUUUUGCCCCAACUGUCAUGUGUUGAAUAUCUAUUGUGCCAGUUUGUUUAAUUUUAUCCAUAUACCCACCCCAUGGGGAGGUAGCAUCCCCCUCCCCUCUUUUUUUGUAGAUUAGAAACAUAUCUGAGUGGUUUACUGACCUAUUUAAGGUCAAAGAAGAUAGUGUAUAGUUCAAUUUGAUUAUGCUUCCUAGAUCAAUACUAUUUUAUUUACCCAACAUUUACCUUCUGAAGAUAAGAAUGUUUACAUAAGUUCAUUUCUGCCAGCUUGAUAUUGCCUGCCAUUAGUUAAUAGGCAUAUUGGAGUGUGUCUUGAGAGAAAAAGAUUCCUUUUGAGAUUCCUGACUAAAAUAGAAGUAAAAGAGAUCCUUCAGGAAAUUUCCAAAUCUUUUUGAAAUAUUUUGCAAAAUAUUUUAGGAUUUGUACUGUAGUGAAAUGCAAAACCAUUAUAGGUCCUAGGAAGUUAUUUUAAAUGGUGCCUAGUCCGAUGUAAAAUAUUAUUGAAAAAGCAUAGUGAAGAAGUUGCUGAAUUUUCUCUUAGUCCUCUCAUCAAUCUUUCCGCUUAAAGCUGAUUGAUACUAAUUUACAUAUGUUAGUAGUUCUUGCUGAUUUUCUUUUUUAGUAGAAAUAGCUAGGAUCUUAUGCUCAGGAAUAUCAGCAGGCAGCAAUAUCUAACUAGAAUUUAAUAAGAUUGCUUUGUUUCAUUGAAUGUAUUUUUCCACUUAAUAUGUAUUUAUGGCAAACAAUUUUGGUGUCUAUUCUAUGUGAUAAUACUGUAUUUCCUUUAAAACUAAAUUUAAUUUUUAAAGGAAGAAUCAGUUGAAAAGUAUUUAGUAAAUAAUAGUGAAAAUAUAGCAGUAGUUUAUGACAGUAAUAUGUGAAUAAUUAAAGUUUAAUAAAUACUGAUAUAGUUGAGAAUCCUUGAACUCACACACAGGCUCCACCACUGCUUUGGUUACUUUAGUAACCCAUUGAAUUUAUCUAUCAAACUGCUCAGAUGUGAAAUAACAUUAGUUUUUGUUUUGUCAGUAGCAGGUAAUGUUAUAUCAAACAAAUUAUGAAAGUAUACAAAUUCAAGAUACUAUGAAUCGAAGUACUAAUGAUCACCUAUGCCAUAUCUUAAAAUUUUACUGAUAAGGAAUUCAUUUUAGAAAAUCCUGUGAAACAAUGAGAAUAAUGUCUGGCACCUAGUAAAAUGCAGUAAAUUUCAGCAAGUGUUUUUAAAGUUAAUAUUACUUUUCUAUACUGUCUUAUAAAAUUCUUAAUGACCUUUCCUUUGAGAACUGAUGUGUCUUGGCAUAAAGUAAUUAAAAUUCACUUUCAGAAUAGGCUUUUUUUUUUUUUUUUUAAUAAGUAGAAAUGACUGUCUCUAAAUCUGGAGAUUCAGCAGUUCUUUGAAGUUAGGAUCUUUAAGAACUAUCUAGGUCAGUGUUUCCCAAAAUUUUCUCUCUGGAAACAACCAUUCAGAGACCAAAAAGAGCAUGAAACCUUGCAUAACCCUGCAUAACUAAAUGCAAAAUUUUCUUGCAUUAAUGAAAGGUUGGAAAAGAAAUUGGAGGAAUGUAUAGAAGUUAGCAAAAUGGGACAUUUUUUCCUCAACUUAUUUCUGAAAUGUUUGAAUUUUAUUUUUUUUGGUACCAGAGAAUGAACCCAGAGGCACUGCAUCACUAAGCCAUAUCCCCAAUCCUUUUAACUUUUAAAUUUUGAGACAGGAUCUUUCUAGAUUGGUUAGGUCCUCACUAAGUUGUUGAGGCUGACUUUGAACCUGCCACCUUCUUUCCUUAGCAUCCCGAGUAGCUAGGAUUACAGGCAUGCGCCACUCUGCCUGGCUAAAUUUUAAAACAAGAAUAUGAUUGGGUAUUAAUUCUGCAAUUAAAAAUCUUGAAAACUACUUAAGGUUCAGAGAAUGGAAGGUAAAGGAAUUGAUGGAUUAUGAUUAUAUUUGUUCAGAAUGGUUCUGGUAGUCCAUGCCAACAUAUAUUGCCAGGGAGAUAAAUCUGUGCAUUAUAUCUUUUAAUAGUGCCAAUGACAGCUUAUAUAAGUACUGUAGUUUAAAAUUUAGUGCCUAUAUUAGGAAUUUUUCUUUCACAUUUCUAGUAGAGUCUAUCUUAGCGAUAGCUGAUGUCUUAUGGAACUAUUUUAAUCUGGUUUUCUAAACCCUCUGCUUUACAUUUUUUAAUGGCUACUUAGCAGUGCCAAAUAUGAUCAUAAUAAUCUACAAAUACUUGAAUGACCCUAAAUUAAAGGCACUCUGUGAUCUGCAAUGUGAAAAACAAAAACAAGAUAAUAGCCCUAUUUUUGAGGGAUUAACAGUGUUAUAUUCUACAAGUUUUCAUUUGAUUUGAAAUAUCACUUGCAAAUAUAAUGUGCAGACUAAAUGACGAAGAGAAAAAGAAGCAACAUCUUCAUAUUUCAUGGCUCACUAUAUGUUUCUUGACCUCUCAGCACCCUACUCUAAUCUUUAAAUGAUACUUGUAUUCGCAUUUCUAAGAAGUUUGAGAUCUUUUAAAAUAUGCUUUGAACUAUUCAGUCUGAAUACUGCUUUCUAAAUAUCUACUGGUUUCAAGAAUGGGAAAUAGUGUUAAUGGAGUUAAUCUUGUGUAAUUUCAGUGUGGAUUUUCAGAAAUACCUCUAAGUAAAGAAAAUGACUCUAAUCUUCUUAAGCAAUUUAUUUUCUCAGAGACUUUGAGGCAGGAGUUAAUUUACUCUGACCAUAUACUUAGACCCUCUAUUACUAAAGAAAUAUUUUGAUUAUGGUAAGAAGUCAGGAUAUCCAUGAAAUUAUUUAAAUUUAGACAUUGGAAAACAUUAAAAUUGUAAGAUAUUAAAUUAUCUUCUUAAUUUUAAGUCUUCUUAAUAAAUACCCAACUCAGCUACCAAUGUAGAAAUAAAACCCUUGUUAUAAGAAGGAAAAUUAUACAAUGAAGGCAAAAUUAGAGCUAUUUGGUUGUUUUAAAAGGGAAAAGAUCAAAGAACUGGUCACUCUUUAGCUGAGGGUAUUUGGGCAGCAGAAUGGGGUGGAGAGUGGAAGGGGAUGGGAACUCAAUUCUUUAUGCUUUUUUUAUACCAAGCUACCCUUUUGCAAUAAGCCUUAGUGACAUUUUCUUAGACUGGUUAGGUCAAGAUUCUUAAUUUUUCACUACAAUAGGGUUUUAACCUUAACUGAUUGUUUCCACCCCCACCCCUGGUCAUAAAAGACUAUUGUUCUUUUCUAGAAAAGGAAGAUGAAGAGUCUAUAAAAACCUUUAUAAUUCCCUUAGGUUAUAAAAAAAGGGAUUUUUUGUGUGUAUGAUUUUCAAGAGGAAACUAAUUUUAAUUGUAUUUAUCUAUGAAAUAUCUUAAGGGAAUCCAAUAAAUUUUUGUGCUAUGUAAACAAUAAUUCAGUUUUCACAUUGGGGGGCAUUCUGAGGUCAAAGCACAUUCUCUUUAAAUUUCAUAGUGAAACUUUCGAUGACUCUAUUUUCUAUGUUCAUAUCUUCUCUCCUUUAGAUUAUUGUGCUAUCUCACUGGGUGGUCUCUAUUAUUCACUCUAGCCAGUCCACCUUCUACACUAAUGCCAGUAAUUUUUCUAAAAGUAGAAAAUCUGAUCCUGUCAUUGUUUUUAGGCUAUAAAAUGUUUCAGUGUCUUCCUAGUAUUUAUGUAAUAUAAGUCAAAGCCUCUCAAAGUAGCACAUGUGGAUGGAAUGUGAUAAGCAUUUUUAUGCCAAAAUUUAGAUAAAAUGGAAAAUUCAUUAAAAAUAUAAUGACAUCAUGUCACCUAAAUAAUGCUAUAAUUGAAUAAUCUUAUAACAGUUAAAUGAAUUGAACCAGUUGCCUAACGUUUUUCUGUAUAGAAAAGUUCAAGCCCAGAUGACUUUAAUGAAUGGUUUUAUUAAAUAUUCAAAAAAGUGAUAAAUUCAAAUCUAUACUAAUUCUUCCAGAGAUUAGAAAAAUGUGGAAUAGUUCCCAACUUACUUUAUGAGGCCACAGGUCUAAAUGAAUGUUGCUGGCGUUCAAGAAAUCCUCCCUACUAACAAAUCCCCACCCACUGAAGUUACCUUUAUUCCGACGUUUAUGAUAAUUGCCUUCCUUUUCUUUAUAGCUUUAUCGCCUCUUAUUUCAUUAUAAAUAAAAUAGUAUAGGUUAGCCCAUUUUUCAACUUUAUGUGAAUGGAAUUAUACAUAUCUAUAUUUGUGUCUUGUUUUUGUCAUACUGUUUCUAAGAUCACAUUAUUUGUUAAUAUGUUGUUUAGGAUUUGGGCAUCUAUUUCAGUAUGAGCUUGGAGUGUAAAUUUUUAUUUUCGGAUUGUAUUGCAACCUGGAAUUGGUUACAUAAGUACAUGCUUUUAAAAUAUUCUUUAAACUUUACAAAAAAACACAUAUUGGACUUGCAUUUUAAAUGUUUUAGGGCAAUAGUUUUUGGGAUAACUCCUGAACACAGCAAAGGAAGAAAAUACAAUGAUACUUUUGUCUAUGGAAUAGAAAAAACAAUUGACAAACCAUGCAUCUAAUGAGGGAUUAAUGUUCAAAAUAUAUAAAGAACUCAACCCCAUAUGAAGAAAGCAAAUAACUCAAUUAAAAAAUAGGCAAAAGUAAGAUACAGUGAUGUACUCCUGUAAUCCCAGUGACUCAAGGGCUGGUCACUG